AGAGGGAGGGAACGUGGGGGCGCGCGGGAAGGGCGCGCGCGAGCGCGGGAUUCUGGUCACGUGCCGCUCCCUCACUCCCUCUGGAGGCCCCCCCACCUCCUCCCCCUUCCCGUCCCCUCCCCUUGGGUGCGGGGGUGGGUGGGACUGAAACUCAAAGGUUUCAUUCAUAAAUUCUCCGCCUUUUAAGUCGCUACCCAGGCGCCGGGCAGCAGAGCUGCGGGAGCCGAGCCGAGCCCAGCGGAGCCGAGCAGGGAGCGAGCGCCGCGGCUGCGCCCAGUCCAUGGCCGGCGCGCCCCGCCACCGAGGAGGAGUGCUCUCCAGCCGGGCUAGACCAUGAGCGAUGACUUAACUCCAUGGGACAAUAUCACUGCCAGUCCCACGACAGUGUCCGGCUCGGUCCGCCCCCAGGAUGGCUCUGGGUUGCUCCUUGUCCUGCUGUCCGUCUUCAUUGGGGGGACACUGGUGGUGGUGUCCGGAGCCUUGAUCCUCUGCCGGCGCUGCUGGGAUGCCCACCGCAGGUACUCCAGAGCCAGCGAUGACCCAGAGAAAACCACCACCACCUACUUGGAUGAUUCCCAGCCUGCUCAAGACAUCACCAUCAGGGUGGACGACCCAGAAUGCCCUUCAUCUUCCAGUUACCGAGAUGUGGACACAGAGCGCUUCCUGGCCACCAGUUCCACAGGCCGCAGGGUCUCCUUUAACGAGGCAGCCCUGUUUGAGCAGAGCAGGAAGGCCCAAGAAAAAGGGCGGAGGUAUACCUUGACAGAGGGUGACUUUCACCACCUCAAGAACGCCCGUCUCACCCACCUCCACCUGCCCCCACUGAAGAUUGUCACCAUCCACGAGUGCGAUUCCAGUGAGAAUAGUGUCGCCAUGACUCCCCGCCUGGCCUCUGGCUCUAAGACGAGCCUUUCCAUCUUCCAGCCCCGGGUCAGCGCCCCGGCCCCGAGGGCCCUCACCGGCCACUCCAUGUGCCCCAGCUCCGCCCUGCCAGGGGACCCCUACAACUCCACCGUGGACACAGCCAGCUUCGUGGAGGCCAGCCCAUCCGCGUCCACCGACUCUGGGGAGGGCACCUCGCUUGAUGCCGCCGCCAGGAGCUCCAUGGCAGGUGCUGUGGGAGGCAGAGCCGGGGAGGCCGGGCCAAGUUCGGGCUCAGGUACCGUCCUGCAGUUCUUCACUCGACUCCGGCGACAUGCCAGCCUCGAGGGAGCCAGCCCCUACUUCAAGAUGAAGAAGUGGAAACUGGAGGCCAGUCACCGAGCUUCCAGCUUGGACACCAGGGGCUCUCCCAAGCGCCACCAGUUUCAGCGGCAAAGGGCAGCCAGUGAAAGCAUGGAGCAAGAGGACCGAGACCCCCACCAGACUGACAUCAUCCAGUACAUCGCCCACACGGAUGACGUGGCCUUCCAGCCUCUGGCUGGGCCCACCAGCCCUCCACCCACUCUCGGCAGGCUAGAGCCUCCGGAGGUGCCGGGGGCAGCGGCGGCAGCAGCAGCAGCGGCGGGCGCCGCCGGCGGAGCUCCCGAGUCCCCCCAGGAACGCAGCAGCAGCAGCAGCAGCGGCGGCGGCGGGGUGGAGCAGCAGCAGCAGCAGCAGCAGCAGCAGCAGGCCGUGUACCGGGACAUCUGGAGCCUGCGCGCCUCCCUGGAGCUGCACGCUGCCGCGUCCGACCAGAGCAGCGGCAACGACCAGGACUCGGUCCGCAGCGGGGACAGCGCGGGCUCGGCCGGGGGCCCCCUCGCGCCCUCUCACGAGCUGGGCAGGCGGGCCAGGCGCAGCGAUCGGCCAGGAGCCCGGGAGAAAGCGGGGCCCAUACUGCUACAGAUGGACAGCGCUACGCGCCAUGAAACCCGAAGCGCGGCGCCGCGAGCAGCGGACAAGCAGCUGCGCCGCAGAACUGCUGCUGCAGAGCCUAGCCCCCACGGAGCUUCCUCCCGCCCCCCGCCCCUGCAACCUCGCUCCCCGCCCGCUGCCCAGCGCGACUACCGCCAGCGAAAGACCGGCCGCUCUUCCACGAGUUCGUGCGCGCCCUCAAUUCGGCGAAGUCCUCGGCGCGCCCCGCUCCCGGACCCAGCGCAAGCAAUGGAGAAACACAACCGCCCAGCGCCCAGGCCCCCGCCCUACGCCCGCCGCCGCCGCCGCCAGGCCCCGUCCCGCUCCAGCCUCCGCCCGCAGCCCCGCGCCCCACGUAGCUGCCGCGCCCAAGCGCCCGCCGCCCCUGCAGCAGAACAGCAACCCCCGCGCCCGCGCCUUCCACAGCCGCCGCGCCGUGGCUUCGCGGCGAAGCCCCAGGCGCCUGGGCGCCCGGCUCGCGCGCUCCCCCCGCGCCCCAUCCAGGCCAUCGCCGAGGAGGAGCCCGACGUCCCGGGAGGCCCCGAGCUGCUGCUGGCCGACAAGGUGUCCGCGGGGCUCGAGGACCGCCUCUUUCCGGGCUGGCGGCGGAGGCCCGGGGACGGCGCCGAGCCCCCCGCCCACGGCCCUGCCCCGGUGGUGGCGGCGGCCGCGCCCACGUCCCCGGACCCCAGCCCGGUGUAGUGAGCUCGAGGUUGGACCAGGGGCUCGGGAUCCCGCGGCGCUGCCGGCAGGGGGAAGGCGCAGGCCGGCCCCCCCCCCCCCCCGACCGGCGGCAGGCGGAGCCGGCGGAGGCCGGUGCUCAGGGCGCGGCCCUGCCCAGCCAGAGGCCCGCAGGAACUGGGACCGAGCCGGCUCCGGCCCGGGGGAGCUAGCCGAGGCCAGGCGUUUACCUCGCGGCGCGUUCCCGGUGUAGCCGCCCCGUCCGCCCUCCCGCAGCCCCGUCUGCUUUAUUAUUUUAUGGGACAAGCAAUAACAUCCCCUCCCUUCGCUCUUUGUCCUGUGCGCCCCCCCCCCCCAUGCGGCGGGGUCCGGGCGCUCCCCCUCCCUCCCCCAUCGCUGCUGUGUAGCCGCUGGGCCCCCAGCCCAGCCGGCCAAGCCCGGCUCAGGACCCGGCCCACGGGGCUGCGAGGCCUGAUCCUGGAGCUGCCUUUUGCUGCUAACCCCUCCCCCCCACUAACCCCUCCUCAGUUCGAAGCCCCUUCCCGCGCUGCGGCCGCGGCCAGUCUGUGGCUGCCCUUCCAGCGGGCCUGUCCCCACACCCCUCCCCGCGCUGCUUCCCGCCCCUGCUGCUGUGCCAAUUCUGCCCCCUUUGCCAAAACGGAGCAGUAGAAUGUCAGAGCUGGGAGGGCCCUGGGAGUCCAGCCCCCUACCCCUCGCGGGACAGAGGAAAGAGGGUGCGAGGAGAGCCUGAGCCGUCCAGAGUCGCACUGCUAGCCUGGGCAAGGCCAGGACCCCCGAGGCGGAAGGGUCUCCCAUUCCUUGGUCCUAAGCUUCCCACGGGUGCUUGUGGCCUGGUGCGGGCAGGAAGGCCUUGGCAGCAGGCUGGAGCCCCCUGGCCUUUCCUUAGGGGAUCACGGCCUGGACCUAGUUCCCAGGGAGCUCCACUUCUGUGCCCCAUCCCAUCCUGUUGGUCUGGUGGCCAGCCUGAGAACUAGCCCCUUCGAAAUAGUCCAAGGAACAAGGUCCUCCUGGUGGACAGACCUGCUGCUGCUUUUCACUUUCCUUACCACAUUGGUCAGGAGUCUGCCCUCCUAGCCCAUUGCUAGGGGCUCCAGUGGGAGUGGGGUCACUGCCUGACCAACAGUGCUAACCCUGGGCUCCAGUGGCCUGUUGGAGGGUCUCUUAAUCCCACCUCCUACCCCCAAUUGAAUGAACAAAGGUUUUUGUUGUUGUUGUUGUUGUGUUAAAUUAUUAUUUAUUAUAACUGCUUCCCAAAUCACUCUCGCCCCUCUCCCUGGCAUAGCUAGCCAGGUUUCUGUUUUUCAUGGAAAGAAAAAAAACAAAAACAAGCCGUAAAGCUGUUAUCUGUAAGACUCCUGCUUUGGGGGGCCAGGAGGGACUAGAGCCCUAUCUAACCCCUCUCCCCUGGGGGUGUCCUCCACUCACUCUACUUGGAGGGCUCCCUUCCUUCUCCUGCUUCAAUUUCUGCAUGUAAACAGACAUUUCACAGGGUCCCAUUUUGUUUCUUCUUCCUCUUUAACUGUCUGUGAGUCCCUUGUCGUCCAAAGCACUUGAAAAAUAAUCCUUGGUUUUGUUUUGUUUUUAAUCUAAGUAAACACACUGAGGUUAAGUUUUUCUAAGCUUUAAUGCCUGGCAGCAGCCUACAAUCUGACUGCCUGAAGUUCCACCUCCCCUUCGCCCCCCAAAAAGUGCUUUGGGCCUAGUUUGUGUGCUCGAGUCGAAUGCUGGAAUUUUUUUCAAUUGAGUUUAUUAAAAAGAUCACUAUACACAGAU